AUGCUAGUUUUUUCUGAUGAUGAUUCAAAAGGCUUCGUCAGAUAUGGAUACAGUGGCGUAAAUGGACCCGACAAAUGGGGAAGCUUAAGCUCAGAUUUCAGUCUGUGUUCUCAGGGGAAAAAGCAAUCUCCGAUAAACAUUGCUAAGAACAUUACAAGCAACGACCCAGAUUUGAAACCAGCCGACAGGAAUUAUAAUAAGACGCGAGCGACAAUCAUCAACAAUGGCUUAAACAUUGAGCUAGUAUAUGAGAAAGGUCCUGGGAUUAUGGCUGUAGAUGGGAAGAACUACACCUUGGAAAAAAUGGUUUGGCAUUUACCAGCUGAGCACACAUUAGAUGGAGAAAGUUUUCCUAUGGAGCUUCAGCUAAUCCACAAGAGUGCCGACAACAAUAUCACAGUUGUUGCGAUCUUGUAUCAAUAUGGCAGUAAUGAUGCUUUCCUUCUACAGGUAGACUGA